CAGGCACCUUGUCGUGGUGCGGGGGCUUAGUCGAAUCAUUAAUCAGCCCUUAUUAGCGGAUGGCAGUGUACACAUUUGAGUACCAGUACUUGGUGUGUGCACUCCAUUCCUCUGACUCGGGCUGCUUUUUGAACGAUGACCAAGUUCUGCCAAUACCCCCUAAUCCAGGGUGUAAAGCGACACCGUGCCCAUUGGAUGGUUUGCAGCCAGGGGGUUUAACAGACCGGCUGUAUUUGAACGGCGCCUUCCUGACACCGGGCCGCCUCAGGGAGUAACUGUGGCCUUACCGCGGCAUGGGGCGCUGUCGUGGUGUACCGUUUGAAUUCCCCACUAUAUUACUUAGACUGCUGAGCUCGCCUCGUCGAGCAGGUGGUCGUACGAACAAGAUGAAUUCAAAUACUUACUCAAAUAACAAUUAUAAAUCAAACGAAAGGGCUUUGGCCGAUCUAUUGGGUCAGUUGGUGAGGGGUAGAAACAACUCACCACCUGGCUACAGUAGAGGGAGACUAGGAGGUAGUAGCGGCGGUGGCGGACCCAUAAAUAAUUAUGGAGGACCGAAUGGUGGUGGAAGUGGAGGUGGUGGGGGUUUAGGCUCUUGGGGCGUAAAUGCACCGAAUGAUUGGAAUCAAGGUGGAAGUAGUGGUAGUUACGGAAAUAGUGGACGUGGAGGUGGUGGCGGUGGCUACGGAAAUAGUGGGAGUGGAGGUGGUGGUAGUGGCAAUAUGAUGUCAUUAAUGCAACGUGGUGGGGGUAUGAACAUGAGUAAUGGUGGUGGUGAUGGUGGUGGCUUUGGUGGUAUGCCACAAGGAGGUGGCAUGAACGAUGGCUACGGUGGCAUGCCACAAGGCGGUGGUAUGAAUAACAACUUUGGUGGCAUGCAACAGGGCAACAAUUAUAUGGGUAUGUCAGGAGGUAAUCAAGGUGGUUUCGGUGGGAUGCCAUCAAAUAGGGGAAUGAACGAUGGUGGUUUUGGCGGCGGCGGUGGUGGAGGUAGUCGAUUUCCACAAAAUAAUUUUGAUGGGGAUGGGUUUGAUAAUUGUCCACCACCUCCAUCUGGUCGCUCACGUGGCACGUGGGUUAGUGGAGCUACUAAUCGUAGUAACCGCAAUGUGACGUCGCAAUCAGUGCGCAAUUCAAGCCGCUCAUCGAGUUCAACGCACGACAGACGAAACUUAGGUGGUUCGAAAACGUCACUUUCAUCGAAAGGUAGUCGCAGCGGAGGUGCCUCAUCUUCAGGUAAUGCUUCAAAACCUGUACAGGCACUGAAACGUAAAGCGCCACCAAAUUCCGCUCCGCCUGCAAAAAUAAGUACCAAUGCAAAUAAUGAUAAACGAAAAUCCGCUCAAGCAAAUCAAACAACCGCUCAACCAAAAAAACCAUCCGCUGAAGCAAAUAAAACAUCCGCUGUUAGUCCUAGACGGGUGCUGACAUCAACUGGUGGUCGUUGGUACCAACAUUUCUUAUCAAAAGGCAUGAAACCAAACGAUGCCAAAAAGAAGGCUUUUGAAAAUAACAAUAAGCCAUUUACGGCAGGAGCUGAAGGGGCGGCAGCGGCAAGAAGGGUCAGAAGACCAUUCCCCCCACCCCUGGAUACGUAUAUACGACUUGCGAUUUUCGCAAAGGGUUUUCCCGAAGUUAUAUUGGAAACCGAUGAUCUAUCAGCCCUCGAAGAACGGAUCGUCGAUGAGGUUGCCAAUAGUAGCACCGAAUCAAAAUUGCAAUUUGAAAGGUUACUUCGGAAACCGGGCGUGAUGGUUGUUGAUUGCGCAAAUCAGAAAACCGCAGAUUGGCUGAUAGACACUAUUCCCAAAUUGAAUUGGGAGAGUACUGAAUUGGCAAUUUGUUAUGAAGCAGACAUUCCAGACGCGUACAUAAUGACCCUCUCGUUGCCAAGAAGUGCUGGCCAAGAUUAUGAUCAGACGUUGUCUUUAAUUCAGUCACAAAAUACCGAUUUGACCACCGAUUCAUGGGAAUGGGUACAGGAGCGUGAAGAUGGUGAUAGAUCAAUUCUUACCAUCCGUGUUGAUAAGGAAUCACACGCUGCAAUUAAAGAAAAGAAGUGGAAAAUAUUUUACAAAUUCGGUUUAGUAGAAGUAAAUUUUGCCCGCUAUAUACGUUUUGCUAUAAGUAUACGCUCGAAUGAAGUAGGGGGUGCCGAGAAAGCUAAGGUUAAAGAAGAAAAGUCAGUUGGUGGAGGCGAUAAAGAAACAACAGCGGAAGCGACUAACGAAAUCCAACCUUCUCCGCCACCCGCUCCAAUAAUCAGCAAAUGAAUUUAAAAUGUAUGCGGUAUCUGCAUCUAAUAUAUAACACACUCUUCUCAGUUCAAGACAUAACAUCUUUUCGAAACAAUUGACCAUGUUCGACAGAUUUGAUUAAUGGUUGGAUGCCUGAAAGUGGCCGUUGGCGAUAUACAAAGAAUACUAUAAGCUAACUUCUUCAACAAAUAAUAGUAAGAAACUUCCUUUAUCAAUCGAAUUCAUAACGGAACUCAUACAGGAAAAUCGUGCUGUACAUUAAAAGAAUAACAUACGGCGAUGACUGAGUCCUGUUGUCCGUGUGUAACGUCAAUUGUUUUGGAAAUGAUAUAUCAAGUAAAUAUUUUCUAAUUUAUUUCAAUCCUCAAGUACAUAUAAAAUUGUAAGAUUUAUUUAUGUAAAGCUGCUUGGUCAGCCCUUGAUACAUUAUGAAAAGUUGUAUUACCGUCAGCAUCAAUAAAAUUCUACUAGAUGGCGAUUUGAAUGAAGCCCCUCUUAAAA